AAGCGAUAGAAGGACUUUGCAACAGACUUAAUUUGUUUAACGUAUCAAACAUGAGGUGGUUGUUAGAAGUCGCUCUUGUGUUUUGCUGUGUUUACUGCAUUGCGGCGACGGGGUUGGUGAGGGCCUCCGAUGAGCGGAAAAAAUUAAUCAAACUAGAUCAGCUGCUGACACAAGUCAGCAAACGAGGCACGGGAGGUAAAACUUGUAAAGCUCGAUGCCAAGAUGGAUGGAUACGAUAUCAAGGGUCAUGCUACUUAAUUGUUCAGAACCAAUGUACAUUUCAUGAAGCGGAGGUCAAUUGUAAAAAACAUGGUGCUGAUUUAGUCACUAUUGAAGACGCAAACGAAAACACAUUCCUUAAAAAACACCUAACCACUUUAAAAGGUACUGACUUUUGGAUUGGAUUGACAGACAGUGUCACAGAGGGCGUCUUUAAAUGGGUUGCCGACCAAUCGAAAGCUGUUUUCACAGACUGGGCGAAAGAUCAACCAGACAACUAUCAUAAUGAAGAUUGCGUGCACGUGCAUGCCAGCAGAAGUUUCGUUUGGAAUGACCGGCCCUGUGUUGAUCGUGUCCAGUCUAUUUGCGAAGAAACUUUCAAGCGCAAAAAAUAUUAAAAGAAUAAAUACAAUGUGAACAUUUUAAUGAAAAUAAUAAAAUACUAAAACUUACUUAAGCAGCCAUUGAUUGAAUAAUGUUUGUCUUUUUGUCUUUCUUACUUCAUAUUAGAUCAUCGUGUAUCUUUUAUCUAUUUAGAAUAAUAAUAUUGAUAAUAAUAAUACCUAUUCAUAUUCAUAAACAUAUGGUAUGUUUUUCUUAAUCAUUCAGUACUUGGCUUAUGUAUUCCUCUUUAUCCUCUUUGAAUUAAAGAACAUGUAUUCUUUAGCA